AUCUCCAGAAAGCGUCAGUUCUGAUCGAACAUGCUUUGGCGACUCUUCGCGCUUCUGGUAUUAGGCGGUGUUAUCGCCAUUUGUUUUUGCGAACCCGUGAACAGAAAAAAUCUGUUGAAACCUUCGGAGACAAUCGAGUGUGUCGGCAAUGAAGGUGACAACUCCAGGUGUAGAACUAAUAAAUUGGCCGUUACUCCUUCGCCAAAUGGCGAAAAUCAAACGCAAUCAAGCAGAAAAGCCCGACAAAAACUUUUAGAUGAUAUCAAUGACGUAGGAGAAGUUUCUGCUCGGAAGAAAAAUAAAAAAGGAAAUGACAGAAUAGUAGUUUACAUGUUAGCUGCCAUGAAAGCAGCGUUGCUUUAUGGAUUAUUAAAUGGCGUUGCAGCUCUCGCGGGAAAGGCAAUAUUGCUGGCAAAAGUAGCUUUAGCAAUUGCAAUUGCAGCAAUUCUAAAAAAGAAUGAUUCUGGAAAAGUUUCGUAUGAAAUAGUAAAACAUCCACAUACUAGCUAUAUACAAACCCACAGCUCAAGCGUCGAUUACGAUCAUCGUAGUAGUGAUUACGGUGAUGAUCGCAAUGAUUACCCUCAUAAUGAUUACACUCGUAAUGAUUAUCUUUAUGAACAUCGAAAGCGACGGCAGCUUAUAUUAUAAUAUAAAUAGAUUUUAAGUAUUAAAAAAUUGGCAAGCAGUAAAUAAAUGAAAUUAUUUAU